CCAAGGCCCAAAUCCUUCUCCUUCUCGGUACUACUGCGUUUGCGGCGUAGUUGCGGUGGCAGAAUCACUUUUUUUUCCGACGAUCACAAGAACUGAAAAUGGAGUUUUCUCAAGAUGAUUUUGAGCGUUUACUGUUAUCGGAGCAGAGUCGUAAAACCGCUGAAGAAAACUACGCUAUAAAUCCUCUUGACGCUGAUAAUCUUACCAAGUGGGGAGAAGCUUUGAUAGAGUUGUCAUCAUUCCAAAAUCCUGCGGAUUCCAAGAAGAUGAUUGAAGACGCACUUGCUAAGUUGGAGGAGGCUUUACUAAUCAAUCCAACAAAGCACUACACUCUUUGGUGCUUGGGGAACGGCCUCACAUCUUGUGCAUUUCUAACUCCUGAUUUUAGUGAUGCAAAGGUUUAUUUUGACAAGGCCUAUGGGUAUUUCCAGAAAGCUGUUGACGUGGAUCCUGAAAAUGGUCUCUACAGACAAUCCUUGAAAGUUGCUCUUAAGGCCCCAGAACUACACAUGGAGAUUCACAAAAGUGGGCUUGGGCUUGGUCAGAUGAAUCAUGGUGGAUCCUCUGCUUCAAAAGGACAGGUAUCCAAAAAGCAGAAGAGCAAUGACUUUAAAUAUGACAUGUUUGGAUGGAUUAUUCUUGCAGUAGGUCUAGUAGCAUGGGUGGGAAUGGCCAAAUCUCACAUUCCAUCACCACCUCCAAGUUAAACAAAUUUAGUCAUUCCUUUUAUGAUAUCAAAACUAUCGGGUGAAAGAAUGUUCAAUUUAGGUAUUGCAUAUUGAUGUUUGGUUAUUCCAGCACUGAGCCUCUAAGAUGAAAAUGGUCUAUUGUAUUUUGACCUAUAUGUGACUCGAUCAAGAUGAUCCAAUUUCAUUUCAUGUAUAUCUUUUUGAUGAUUCAAAUACAAAGCUACUCAAUACAACCAUCAAUAACUAACCAUCUUAAUAUUGUGUAAUUAUAAGUGUUGUAUUCAACAUAUUUUUUAUGAUA